AUGAUUCAAUUGACUACUAUAGCAAAUGCUCGCGUCCUCAUCGUAGGAGAGGGCACUCUGGUAGAUGAGAUCGUGCGCAAUUUGACGUCGCAUAAACAAAAUAUCCAUUAUAGGGCGUCCGUCAAAUCUCCAGGAGCAGACAAAGAUCCUGAACAGUUUAUUGCCUUUGACAGCAAUUACUUCAAGUCCUUUGACCUGGUACUAUGUGCUGAUCAACCUCGUACCUUCGAAUUAGCGCUGGCGUGUUUACGAUGGCCAGAUCUACUUCCCUGGACUGAUGCAAAGCGCGCAUUGGUACACUCCAUCGUCGAGAAUGCCUUUCAUCCCCAGCAAGACUCUUCGUUUCGUGGCUACUUGAUUGCAGCGCAUGCAGCCGUCCAAUUCCACGAAGUCAAUGGACGCUGGCCCUCGGACUCUGUGCCGGAAGACAAGUUAAAUUUUCAGGGUAUGGUUCCGUCGAAUCAACAAACUGAGCUUGUCAGCCAGUAUAUCGAUGGCUUUCUAAGAGAUGGGCUGACAUCUGCUCAUCAAACGUUUGCAGUUCUCGCACAGUUUGUGGCCCAUGAUGCUCUCAACUUAUUGACUGGGGAUGAGCAGCCAGUCAACAACACUAAUUUGGAUGAAGUUAUCAAGAUUGCAGUCAAGGGGUUGUAA